CGCGCGCCUCGCUCCAGCGCCAGACCCCGCGGAGGCUCGCCCCGUUCUGGCUGCAGCGCCCGGUGGCCCUGAGGGCGCGCGGGCCCGGGAAGCCCCCAGAGGCGGAGGCGGAGGCGGAGCAGGUCUUCGGGUCCCAGAGUCGCGGCCGCGCGCUCCAGGCGAGAAUCGCGAGGAGGAGCCGCCUGCAAGGAUAGGCCCAGGCGCAAUGGCGUCCAAAAAGGAACUAGCAGUAAAAAAUCUCAUCAUGGAAAAUGCCCACCAGGAAAACGAAGGAGCGGACCAGGCCCUUGUGCAGAAUGAGGAGGAAUCACGCAAUUUGGGAGGAGGCGAAGCCCAGAAGCCUGGAGGAAAUGCCAGGCUGGGGUGGGUUAAGCGACUUGUCCCUAAUUUUCGACGGGCCAUAUCUAACAAGCGUGUUGAUUACAAUGAAGUGGGAGAUAAUGUAGAAAAGAUCGCAAUGCAGCGGAUGGAAAUCAGGAGAAAGACCAGGGAGCAGCAAAUGAGACAUGUUAGACGCUUCCAAACUCCUGAACCUGAUAAUCAUUAUGACUUUUGCCUUAUACCUUAAAUCUUAAGGUUUUCACUGAGGUUAAUAAUGUGGCCUCUACUCCAAAAACUAGUAGUUUUGUGGUUUACUUUUCUGUAAACCUUUUGAUGUUUCCUCUUACUAGUUUCUAAUUGAAUAAUGUUUUUGUCUCAGUAUAAAACUCUGUCCAGCAAGGCAAUUUCACUCAGUUUUUGGAAAAAUACUCUUUUCAUGUUGUAAAAUUAAUAAAGCAGCUUAAAAACCAA